AAGCGCAGCAAUAGCCAGCAACAGAUGUAGGAAGGGGUUUAAUUAGUGUUGAAUCUGCGUGGUCUGCCGCACAGUAGGAGAAACAGUUCGCGGUGAUAUCUCUCCAGAUACUUGUUUACAAACUGAUUAGGAAUAUUGUAGUAAAUGUAAAUGUACGUCGUACGUAAUUACACAAAAAGGCAAACUCGACGUCCGUGCGAGCUUGACUUUUCUGAAAUUUUUUUUCGCUUCAGGCCGUAGCUCGGCUGAGUUCUCUUGCCUGCGGUUCGAUAUAGUAACUACUUCAUCACAGAAGUAGUCCACCUCAGUUGCUUGCGACUCUGCUGUACAACAACUUCCGGAUUUUUUCAAUUUUUUUGUAGCCCCAUAAGCGUAAAACUUGUCGCAAAGAUGACGACGAUUCUCGCCUCCGGGCUGCAGGUCAACUUCGAGAAGUUGUACCAGUCGAUGCUAUAUGCAUUGCAAAUUUGUCUGGGUCUGGAAACUUGUGAUGCAAGGAAGGAAAUAGUGACAGUAAGCACACUGUUGUAAUGCGCUGCCAAGCAUGACAAGUUUUCUCGUGGUUCUGAGUUGCGUACUCCGCGUCAGAAACCGCGUUUUUGCAUGACAGGCAAGAGGAGCUCUCUGCGGCCACGCAAAAUACAGAGUUCGGAGUCCCGUGCCAGACUAGCAUGACAAAUUUCGCAAUCUCGCAAAGGACCGACACAGACAUAUUUGCAGUCGAUAUGGGAUUCAACAAUUUUCAGCUGAGCAUGAAACUUCCCAACAACUGGCUGACCAACGAGCUCGAUGUGUCCAAAUUCCUGAACGCGAAGAUUCAGAACGAGAUUUUGAAAAUCUCUCGGUCCCACAGCCAAAGAAUCAAGCCGAUUUCCACCGCGGCGCAGAAGAAGCUGGAAGACGAAAAUUACUAUGGUGAUAAUCAUAAUAUUAACGUGACCCCGGAGCAAAUUAUCGAGGAGGAAAACCGCAUUGAGACGCGGAGGAUUUUGUUCCUAAAACCAACCCGGAUAAAGUUCUCGCAGCUGGUAGUGUACCCAGUUUUUGGAAGCGGGAAGCGCGGGCGGGAGACGAAGGAGCACGGCGGGCAGGCGCUGCAAGAGGCCGAGGCGACCAUUACUUGCAGCGCGUUCACCGGGUUCACGGAGGAGAUGAUGGAUCUGCAGGAGAAGGAGCGGGACACGUUUCAGACGUUGCUGCAGGAACAAAAAAACCGGAUCCGGGAAGAAGGAUGGAAAAAGGCGGAGGAGAAGAUAAUUGCGCCGGCAGCUGCACCAGGUACGUACUGAGGGUUUGCAUUUGAUUGUAUGUACUUAUUCGAAUUUAAUCAUAAUCUACCGACGUAAAGAUCGUUUUUUGAAACGACAAACAGAACAAGGGAUCAGACGGUAGAUUAUAUACUCGACACGUUUCAGCAAUCAAAUGCGGCUGAAUUUUUGUCCACUCGACACACGUCGACCACAGGAGCCUCAUCCAUUCAAGUACCGCUCGCGGGUAGUUCAAAGGAAUCGGUGGCAGGGCAGAUCGCGCAAUCGAACGAGCAGCCGUUGCCGUCGCCGCCGAUCGAGUCCGGGCCGGAUUGGAAUUCUGCUGAGGGGGUUGCAAGGAAAGACAUGGCGGAAAAUGUCGCCAAAGCAGGGCUUAUCAGAUGCAAAAAUGUCUGGGUCUGGAAGAAAUCAGACGUUUGUCAUGCAUUUUCUACAUCUACAAAAAGGUCUGGAAUGCACACAGAGCAUGACAAACUCUGUGGAGGCUUCUCCAUGCCUAUUCCGCAUGACAAAUGCCCUCUUCUGGAGACAAAAUUCGGGUACCUUUCGCUGACUACGCAAUACAGAUUUUUGCCUGUUCCAGAAUCCGCAUCACAAGUUCGCAUCCUUCCAGACCCAGACAUUUUUGUAUUUGAUAGGGCUUUUGGGGCAAGGUAAAAUAUCUUUGAUGUUGGGCUUGUUGUUGUCAUGAAACGAUGAAAAAUCCGCGGGCCACUACAUCACUACGUCUUUUUCGAUUUUUGGGUUUGGUUUUGGUUUUCCAUGGAAGUAUGGCGGCGCGAGCUCAUUUUUUUUGAGAAAUUUUUUUUUUUCAUAUGCCAUUUAAAUGCCUAGCAAUAUGUGCAUUUACUGGCCCCAUUACUGUAGCGCCCCAUUACUGGCUAAGCUUCGCGCGCCCGUCUUGUUUUAGGGCUCGGGGGAUUCCGUUUUGCCUUCCUGCGGAAGGUGUCUCGGGGGCCGCCAUUUCGCCUUCCUUGCCCUCUGGUAGGUCUCUCCCUGGCGGAAGGACCGCUGCUUGAUUGCCUCUCUGGGGAGUGUGAGUUGUUUAUUUCCUGGCUGGCGCGAAGCUUUCGCCAUCGACUCCAGAUUGAUAAAUGGCCCGAGCUUAUUGACACCUCCUGCGCGACGUGGGUGGUUCGGGGUUUUUCUGUGCCCGGGCUCGCCGAGGCGUUUUGGAUUCGGCUUCGGAGCGCGCAGGUUUGCGGCUGUCCGGGGCUGUGCGCGUGUGCUUACAGCUUUUGCGCCGGGGGCCCCGGGUUUUUUCUUUUGUGUCCCGGGGCCUCGUCGGCCUCGUCACAUCUACGCCCCGGGUCCCCGGAACAUGCAUGGCCCGUCGGAAGGCAGGCCAGCCUUCGGUAAAGGUAGGAAGGUGAGGGGGUUGCAAGGAAAGACAUGGCGGAAAAUGUCGCCAAAGCAGGGCUUUUGGGGCAAGGUAAAAUUGCUUUGAUGUAAGUGGUUGAGCUUGUUGUCAUGAUGAAACGGUGAAAAAUCCGCGGACCACUACAUCACUACGUCUUUUUCGUUUUUUGGGUUUGGUUUUCCAUGGAAGUAGUUCCAAAUGCAAAAAUGCCAAGAAUCAUGAUGGCGACACGACUGACACCACCAGUCAAUAAAAAAAAAACAGUGAACAUCCUAAACGAGCCCUGGAUUCGGAACCAUGAGUGUUUCAGGAAGGUUUCAUAUCCAAGAAAAGAACAUUGUGGGUGUAACUUUGUUGGAGGAACAGCAUUACAAAUGUGUCUGGCAUGACAGCAAAAACCUGUCAUGCGCAGAUAGUACGUGAAAACGCCCUUGAAUGGGCUCUACAAUGCAUGCCCAGCAUGACAGACGUAAUCAUCUUGCAUGUUGCGCAUCACAAAUUUACACUAGCAACGUUUUUUUGUUGGAUAUUUCAACGUGGAAAAUGGUCCACCGCUACGUGUCGUCCGUGGCGCUCACGUACGUGCAGAUGUUCGGAACUGAAAAAGCUGCCGAGGCAGUGAAAAAGCGCACCACCCCCGCGUACGUAUCAACGGACCCGAAAGAGCUGAUUUUGGGACCGGACCACAGGGAUCACCACAAGAUCCAGCACCAACUCGACCCGCAGAGAAUCGACCACGAUGUGGACCCGGCGAAAUUCAUCUCCCUCGAGGAAGCUCUGGGAACACAGGUAAUAACGGAUUACGCGUUCACGGAUAUGCGCCACUUGCGAAUUCCCGCGCAGAACGCGAACUACAUCCGAGAUGAGUUCCGGAAAGUCUUGAAGGAGUGUGUGGAGCACUAUCACAAGCACUACGACAACCGAGGAAUUUCGCGGGCACUUCCGCCUGACAACACGGAAUUCAGUGGUGAGCGAAGCUUUCCGGCGGGCGUUAUAAAAACAUCAAAGGGCGGACCACAACACGAAGUUCCAACUUUCGCACAAGAGCAGGCGGGAGGCAGUAGCAGCAGUAGUUACUACCACAAGAAUCCUGCUCCUACUAGCGCAGCACCUCCGAACGGCGACGCGGCCCUGCGGGACUAUAUGGUCCACCAGAGUAAUAAAAACAAGGGAAAUAUUAAAAAUGCAGCAGCGGCUGCAUCUAUGCAACAGCAGAGCAACAUGAAAGGCGGCGGGGGCAAAGGUGCGAAGGAUAAACAAUACAUGAUAGAGCAGUACCACCUCGCUCUGCAACGGGAAAGAGAGCAGAAAAAGAUGCAAACACAGCAAAUACCGACCAAUUCUUCGAUGUUGGCCAAUCAGUCGCAAGACGAGCAAGCUGCUGCAAUGCGACGGCCAGAGGCGAUGGUUCCUCCGGCGCCGGGGGGUGGUAUUGGUUUUCCACCAGGUUACGAAGCUGCUGCUGGGCCGCCGCAACCGCCAUCCUCGCAGUACAUUCUGCAACAGCAGCAGAACUACGCGCAGAUUCCACCUGGGAUGAAGCAGGGUUUUAUUGCAGAGGAAGAGCUAGGAACAUCAAACGGAAAAGGCAGUGGAAUGAAGGGACUGUAUCAACAACAGCCAGGAGCGCAACAGCAGCAGCUGCAGCAGCAAUUUAACAUGCACCAGACGGAGCAGAGUUUCUACAAAGGCGGGCCGCCCAUCAUGAAUAGUAAAGCUACUCCUGUUCAUGUUCAUCCUGCUGGGAGCAGUAGUUUCGGAGGUGGUGGUGGAAAACAAGGCGGCAAUAAAAACGGCAAGGACCAGCAAACCUACUCCAAGGGCGAUUACGUGCGCAUGCUGCAAGAGAAAGGGUACCGAAUUCAGAAGGAGGGGCAGCAUCAAGCGUGUCCGCCCGAAGAUGAAGGGAUACAAGGUAGAUUACGUGAACAAGAAGACGCUGAAGGAAAUUCUGCAGCCAUGAGAAAGAGCACCGCUAGUACUGGGAGGAAAACAAGUGCAUCUUCACGAGCAGGGCCUUCUGUUGUUGACAACCAGGAAAUGAAGCAACGCUACUUGUUCUCCAACACGGACGAAGGACCAAUUGUGAAACAAGAGCAGGCUACUUUGUUAGAAGAGGACGCCAUGGACCGUGAAGAAGUUGAGCUUCCCAUCGAGCAAACUCGGUUGAUUCCCUUUUACGACGAGGGCGGAGCAAAAAUAAACCUAGAACAACCUCUGCUGUCACGAAGACUCUUCGAGGGCGAGCACACGAUGCAGGAACAAAAUGAUAGAAGAGACAACAACACCUACAACAGUCCGGCGGCUACUGCAGGAAAUAAAGAACAAAAGAAAAACUACCAAAAAACUACUCCCGCGCAUUUCUUUUCCCCCACGAAACGGAACCAGAAAGCCGACCGGCCGAAGUACCUGCUGACCCACCCGUUCCCGGUCAUCCGGGUGAUGAAGCACCGGCCGAAGAUCCGGGAUUCCAAUGGAAAACCGGUUAUGGACAAGAGAACGAACCAAGUGAAAUUGGGGAAAGAGGAGUGGUUCUCCGUCGACAACCGCAGAUUGCUCUGCUUGCAAAGGCGAGCGGUUCUGUACGAAGAAUUGUUUGACAUUGACUGCUAUCAAAUGCAAAAAUGUCUGGGUCUGGGAGCUUCCGAGACUUGUCAUGCAGAUUUUCCAUGAUCCAUGUCGUAUGGAAUGCAGCACCUAGCAUGACAGAUUCUGUGAGAUCCCUACCAUGCGUAUCCUGCGUGAGAAACUCCCUGCCAACUUGGUCGAAAGUGGACAGCUUUUGGCACGCAUGCAACACAGAUUUCUGCAUGAUCCAGAAUUAGCAUGACAAGUUGCAACCUUCCAGACCCAGACAUAUUUGCAAUCCAUAACUCCUACGUGACCGGCGUCGAGAUGUUCGACGACACCCACUUCUCCGAGAUCAAAAAGUUCCGCACGCGAACCAACGGGGAAACCAUCGAAAUUGGGUUUUACAAGGGCCACGGCCGGGCGAACGUCGGGCGGGAUACAAAAAACAACGGGGGGGCCAUAUUGCAAUGAAAAAUGCCCCCACCCCCGAACUCGGGAGCAUUUGUAUUGCAAACCUUUCCAAAUGAAACAUUCGCCCUCUUACAUCUAUCAGCAUCACAGAUUUCCGAUCGUGAAUAGCAAAAGUUUGUAUUGCAAAAGAUCCUAGCAAGAGCGGCGCUUGUCAUGCAAGCGAUGCGACACACACCUAGACUCUGCAUCAGAAAGGUUUAUACUCCUUUCAUGCAUGACAGAAAGUUUUCAUUUGGAAACUUUGCAUCACAAAUUUUUGCAACUUUGGGGGUGGGGGCAUUUUCCUCGCGAUAGACCAGCACGGAUAACGAGCAGGCGGAGAAGAAAGAUGAGCGGUGGUACUGGUGUUGGGAGGCGAACGACUGGAAGUUGCACGUCACUGAGAAGAAGGAGAAGAAGAUCGGCAUGCACAAUUACAUGUGGGAUCACCUGCAGGCAAGGGAUUUUGUCAAAACCUACGUCCGGAAGAACAAAAGGUAUACUAUACAGUUUUCACAACUUAUCUAAAGUACUUUCUGAGAGACUUGUUGCAGCACUGGAUUUGAGACAAAAUGACGAAGAUUAUUCGAUUAUAAAGACACUACAUUUUUAUGUAAAUUAAAAUUACAAAACUACAGCGACCUGCCCGACCCGGGUGAACUGCUGAAGCCACACAUCUGGAUCGACCCAGAAGCGAUCCAGUGUGUCCACCUGGACUGCGGGUUGUGGGAGUACCGGGUAGGCAACGAGUCUUUCGGGCCUUUCUCGAACAUGCAAAUGCAAACCUGGGCGGCCCAAGGGAGGCUUCCGCCGAGUCUGCCCUGCCGAAGGAAGGUGCACGAGAAGCUCCGCCUCGAGGCCGCGGACAGCACGGAGGGUGGGUCGUACUCGUCGCCUGAAAGGGUACUUGGCACGGUGGACGGCACCGGGAGGCGCAAGCAGCUCGCGAGUCCGCAGCUGCUGCACGAACACAAGACGUGGCACCCCGUGUCGAGCUACCAUGGGUUCCAAGCUAGUGUCGAGUACGAUGACCCGCUCUUGUGUCCGGUCGACGCGGACGACCAAACCCUGCAGGACCUGCAGGGAGAAUGAUCGUUGAUGAAGAGGAUAAGUCGAAGAGAGUUUGUUUGCGCUUCGAGCAGAAGGUUUCGAAGACAAAAAUGUUGCGACGUAUAAUUUGGUGGAAAAAGUAUCUGAGUACUACGGCAGCAUCGAAUGUCAACAGAACAUCGGCCUCGACGAGCGUAUCAGAUUCAUCCUCGGCGUGUGCUUACUGUGUGAUGUCGGAGGGGGUGACACGUGGGAGAAUAUCCAGCGUUCCAGUGUGAACCCAUUCCUGUAUAAGUACAACCGAACCACUUUCCUGUGUCGAAUCAAACGAGAAUAAUUGUCCUUCCCUGUGGUCUUUGCCACGACCAAAUCGAAAAAGCAAAGGUCUACCUUGACAACUAGUGAUCUUCUUGUGACUGUAAAAAACAAUCUUCAAUAGAUUGAUUUACAACAAAACUACAACGCCCUGUGCUAGUUCCCCUGCUGUUUCGUCUAUUUGUAACCCUCGGAAAGUUUUCCAGUCUUUUUAUUCGGUGCUGUGUGAAAACAGGUGCUCUCCCUCUUGCUCAUUCUUUUGUUGGCCCGUUGUUGCCCUAACAAGUCAAGUGGCCAGUUUUGCUGUUUUGUUGCACGAUGCGUUAUGACCAGGGGCCAAACUUGAGUCCAGGCCGUUUGCGUCUUUUUUGUAUCACGUUGCUCAGAUCGUGAUCGAGAUCUUGAUCUACGUCGAUAACGGUAUGAGUCUCAAGGAGAGUGCUGCUGAAAGAUAAAAACUUUCUGACGUUUUUGCUGAGGCAGACUGGUUGACGGGUUUGCUGGAUCACGUCCCGAAUGAGCCAAGGCGUUCACUAUCGGGCGCGUAUUCGUAAUAUAU